AUGCUGAAAAACAUUCUACUGUUGUCUCUUCAGAUAAGUUUCCUAGGAAUCACUCUUGGUGGAAAUGUUCUGAUUUGGCCAACGGAAGGUAGUCAUUGGCUAAAUAUUAAGGUAAUUAUAGAUGAGCUGAUUAGAAAACAGCAUAAUGUGACUGUUCUAACUUACUCCGGUUCACUUUACAUCAAGCCCACCUAUACUCCAUCUCUGACAUUCGAAAUAUCUAAGGUGGGCUUUGGAAAAGAAAGAAUUGAAGAAAUUAUCAGGAAGAUUAUUUUGAUCUGGCUGGAAAAUAGACCAUCUCCUUCAACCAUUUGGAGAUUCUAUCAUGAAAUUGGCAAAGUCUUCAAGGAUUUCCACAUGCUCUGUAGAGAAAUCUGUGAUGGCAUUCUAAAAAACCAAGAGCAGAUGGAAAAGCUGAAGAAAAGCAAAUUUGAGGUUGUGAUAUCAGAUCCAAUAUUUCCUUGUGGUGAUAUAAUAGCUUUAAAACUUGGAAUUCCAUUUAUGUACUCCUUGAGAUUUUCUCCAGCAUCAACAGUGGAAAAACACUGUGGGAAGAUACCAUACCCUCCUUCCUAUGUUCCUGCCAUUUUAUCAGAACUCACUGACCAGAUGUCUUUUACUGACAGAAUAAGAAAUUUCAUCUCCUACUCUCUACAGGACUACAUGUUCAAUAAUAUUUGGGAAUCAUGGGAUUCCUACUACAGUGAAGCUUUGGAUGGUAGCCAUUGGUUAAAUAUUAAGAUCAUUCUAGAAGAGCUGACUCAAAGAAGUCACAAUGUGACUGUACUGACUUCAUCAACAACUCUAUUCAUCAACUCCAAUCCUGAUUCUCCUGUGAAUUUUGAGGUGAUACCUGUUUCCUUCACGAAGAGCAAUAUAGAGUCCUUAAUUGAACAUAUGGUAAUGCUAUGGCUAGACCAUAGACCAACUCUUCUCACAAUCUGGACUUUCUACAGAGAACUAGGAAAACUUCUAGAUACUUUUUUUCAAAUUAAUAUACAGAUCUGUGAUGGAGUACUAAACAACCCCAACUUAAUGUCAAGACUUCAGAAAGGUGCUUUUGAUGUGCUGGUAGCCGACCCAGUAACAAUCUGUGGGGAACUGGUUGCUCUGAAAUUAGGAAUUCCAUUUAUGUACACUUUGAAGUUCUCUCCAGCCUCAACAGUAGAGAGACACUGUGGGAAAAUCCCCUCACCUGCCUCCUAUGUACCUGCAAGCUUGUCAGAGCUCACUGACCAGAUGACCUUUGACGAAAGGGUCAAAAAUACCCUAUCUUAUCCUCUGCAAGACUAUAUAUUUCAAUCCUACUGGGGACAAUGGAAUUUAUACUACAGCAAAGUUCUAGGAAAACCCACUACAUUAUGUGAGACUAUGGGGAAAGCAGAAAUUUGGCUUAUGCGUACAUAUUGGGAUUUUGAAUUUCCUCGUCCAUACUUACCUAAUUUUCAGUUUGUAGGAGGACUGCAUUGUAAACCUGCCAAACCGUUACCUAAGGAAAUGGAAGAAUUUGUCCAAAGUUCAGGUGAACAUGGUAUUGUGGUGUUUUCUCUGGGAUCAAUGGUCAGAAACCUCCCAGAACAAAAAGCCAAUCUCAUUGCCUCAGCCUUUGCUCAGAUUCCACAGAAGGUUUUAUGGAGAUACAAAGGAAAGACACCAGCCACAUUAGGAGCUAAUACUCGGCUCUAUGAUUGGAUACCCCAGAAUGAUCUUCUUGGUCAUCCGAAAACCAGAGCUUUUAUCACUCACGGUGGAACAAAUGGGAUCUAUGAAGCUAUUUAUCAUGGGGUCCCUAUGGUGGGAGUUCCCAUGUUUGCUGAUCAGUAUGAUAACAUUGCUCACAUGAAAGCCAAAGGAGCAGCUGUGGAGGUGAACAUAAACACAAUGACAAGUGCAGAUUUUCUCAACGCCUUGAGAACAGUCAUUAAUGAUCCUUCUUAUAAAGAGAAUGCUAUGAGAUUAUCAAGGAUUCACCAUGAUCAGCCUGUAAAGCCCCUGGAUCGAGCCGUUUUUUGGAUCGAGUUUGUCAUGCGCCACAGAGGAGCCAAACACCUGCGGCCAGCGGCUCACAACCUCACCUGGUUCCAGUACCACUCUUUGGAUGUGAUUGGGUUCCUGCUGGCCUGUGGGGCAGCUGCUCUAUUUCUGGUCACAAAAUGCUGUUUAUUUUCUUGUCGAAAAUUUGGUAAAAGAGGAAAGAAAAAAAAGAGGGAAUAG